AGCUCUGACAACCUUAUGGCUCCUUCACCAGCACAAGUACAGUGACUCUGCUCAGCUGUUGGAAUCGUCCCCUCUUUGUAGGAUGCUGAACCUGGAAAGCUGCGGUGUCUGCAAAUGGAAGUGAACUGAUAUCUCUGCUACUUUUAAUUCCAAGCAAGAUGAAGAUCCCCUCUUUGCUGCUGAGAUUCCCUCGUUGUUAUUUCUCUAGAAGAACUUGCCUCACGAACUUUCACUUUACUUCCAGAGCAGAUUUCCCGUGCAUUGAAUCUCUUACACCAAUGCAUCCCUAUCGUACAAAAUGGAUACGUUCAUCGAAUGGUUUGAGGAGAGAGCUGUGCCAGCAAGCAGCCCCUGACCAGCAGAUAGAGGGACUUUCUGACAAAGAACAAAGACUGGUAGACAGACUUUACAGCGGACUAAUUCAGGGUCAUAGAGCCUGUUUAGCAGAAGCUAUUACGCUUGUAGAAUCAACUCAGAGUAGGAAGAAGAAAAUAGCCCAGGUGCUCCUUCAGAAGGUAUUAUCCUACCACAGGGAACAAGAAAAGUUAAAUCAAGGAAAACCACUUGCCUUUAGAGUGGGGUUGUCUGGUCCUCCUGGUGCUGGGAAAUCAACUUUCAUAGAAUGCUUUGGGAAAAUGCUUACAGAAAGAAAAUACAAAGUGUCUGUGUUGGCUGUAGACCCUUCCUCUAGUACAAGUGGUGGUUCUCUAUUGGGUGAUAAAACACGGAUGACUGAGUUGUCAAGAGACAUGAAUGCAUACAUCAGACCAUCUCCAACCAGAGGGACACUGGGAGGUGUAACAAGGACCACAAAUGAAGCCAUUCUGCUGUGUGAAGGAGGAGGCUACGAUGUUGUUCUUGUGGAAACAGUAGGUGUGGGACAGUCAGAAUUUGCCGUGGCUGAUAUGGUUGAUAUGUUUAUAUUACUGCUACCACCUGCGGGUGGAGAUGAAUUACAGGGUAUCAAACGGGGUAUAAUUGAGAUGGCAGAUCUAGUUGCUAUAAAUAAAGCUGAUGGUGAUUUAAUUGUGCCUGCACGGAGAAUACAGGCUGAAUAUGUUAGUGCUAUGAAGCUGCUUCGCAAACGUUCAAAGGUUUGGAGACCAAAGGUAAUGCGUAUCUCUGCCAAAACUGGAGAAGGUAUCUCAGAUAUGUGGGAUAAAAUGACAGAAUUUCGUGACCUCAUGCUCGCAAGUGGUGAGUUGAUUGCCAAACGACGGAAACAGCAGAAAGUGUGGAUGUGGAAUCUCAUCCAAGAAAAUAUGUUGGAACAUUUCCGGAGUCACUUGGCAGUCAAGGAUAAGAUUCUACUUCUAGAAGAAAAAGUUCUUAGUGGUGUCUUGUCUCCUGGACUGGCAGCCGACCUGCUACUGAAAGCAUUCAAAGAUGGUCUCUAAGCAUUAUAUUCUACUCUGUUCUUGUUAAGUGCUUUAUGUAAACAUGAACAUUAAAUACAGUUUUUCUAUGUAUGGAUUCAAAUGUUUUGCUACAACGGACAUUAAUAAGAUACCUAUCCAGUACUCUGCAAAAAAAAUACUGUAGGGUUCUGUAUAUGUGAAGAUCAUGACAAAUCCACUCAGAGAUUACUACAGACUAUAUUGGAAAAAAGUACAUUUCUAAGUCUUCUAAUUGUACACGCCAUAGAUCUGUUGAUCAAAAACGUAUGCCUGUGUCAAAAUGUGACUGGUUUUGGGAGGGUGGGAGAGGAAGGUUUGUGGUGGUGCAGAGUUUUAUUGCAGUUAUGGGACCAUCUUAGAGCAGUUGACACUGCAGCUUUCCCUUCUAAUAUAGCAUCAGCUGUUGCCAGCAUGGUUUGCUUUUUCUUUCCUCAGCUUGAGUGACAGCAAGAACAUUGGGCCCCCUGGCAGCAACUGACCACAGUCUUAGUUUUAAAUAAAUUGUAUGCAUAUAAAUAGAA